UAAUUCUUGUUCAACAAAUGGAAUCUUCGGCGGGGCCAUCUUCGAGUUCUUCGGUAGCUGCUGUGGCACCGAAAGGUGUACUCGAAGUGAAAGAAAGACAAACCGCGAGUUUCUUGAAAUCUCAGAUAAUGGCAGUCAUACAGAGCUACGGACUGUCCAUUGAUCAAAUAUUCUCCGUUACAUGUGAUAACGGAGCUAACAUGCUGGGUGCCGUACGUCAAUUGAAAAAGGAGUUGGAAUUCUCCUACCUCACCGAUGAUGCUUCGGACGAAGAAGACAGCCUAACAGAUGUAGAGUUCGUAGAAGGACAAGAAUCGUUGACAACUGCUUUAAGCGAUAAACUGCAAGAGAGUCUUAACUUGGUUCGUUGUGCAGUUCAUACAUUGCAAUUGGCUAUCCUUGAUGUAGUUAGUAAAUCGAAUGACGAUGUAAAAAAAUUGACAUUGGUUGCAAAGAAAUGCCGCUCGGUGAAAUAUGAUAAAUUAUUUGAGUUACAUGGUGCUCGUUACCCUCCAAUUUGGGGGCAGACACGUUGGGGAGGCAUCUACGAAAUGAUCAGCAAGUUCCUUGAACAACGACCAUUCUUCGAGAAGCUGGCAGAACAGUCUCAGGAACUAGACUUGACCGACAGCUGGCAGUUCGCAGAAAACUACGAACAAGCAUUUAAACCAUUGUUUUUGUUGACGAAGGACAUGCAAGCAGAGCACGUUUCGCUAUCCGACUUUUAUCUCCAAUGGCUCAUUGCCACCAGAAAGGUUGAAAUGACCAAACCUAAUCCAUUCGCAUCCGAGCUAGUAGCUAGUAUGAGUAAACGCCUGAGCAAUUUGAAGCAAUCAAGAGCGUUCAAAAUGGCACUCUAUCUCGAUCCACGCCUGAACUACGCGGGCUCUUCAUUGUUCAAUAAUGAAGAGAAAGCGGAGAUACAGGGUUACAUCAUCGAGACAUUAAAUCGAAUCCAAGAGCUCCGAAAAACUGAUGCUAAUGCUCCCCAGAACAUGCCUGCAUCUAUUUCCAUGGACGAUGAGGCAGAUGAGUUUAUAACCGAGCUGUUUGGCACAUCGACGAUUGAAUCAACUGGAAAUGAUGGAGGGUUCCUUCAGCAACUCAAGGCUGUAGAGGUUGAGCCGCGGCGAAGCGUUAGUUUCGAUGUAUGGAAGUUUUGGGUCGAUCGGCGGCCAACCCACCCCCAACUCAGUGCUGUAGCCUCCGUUGUACUAGCUACACCGUCAAACCAGGUAUCGGUUGAACGGGGUUUCAGCGCCUUGGGUCUGAUACUAACAAAUUCACGUUCAACCCUUGGAGAAGAUACGCUCCAAAACCUUAUGAUGGUAAAACUUAACAGACAGCUGUUUAGCACCGUUUCUCCCAAGUUAGUAAACUCGACCGAAGAGGCCAACGGAAAAUGUUAAACUCCUCAGUCUCACAUUUUGUUGUUAUUUCGAAGAAGCUUCAUGCUCCAGCUUCUACAUCGCAUUUUAAUGUAUAAAACUUAUUUUAUUUUUC